UAAUGCCUGGACAAAACAGAUAUCUUCAGCAUAACGUUUUUGUCUAGUACUAAUUAGGACAUACUAGCCCCUAAAGCCACUUUAAAACCCUUCGGCUCCUCACGACAAAAAAUCAGAGACAACAGGACCAUCUUUAAUCCUUUUAAGAUGAAGUGCUCAACACCUCUAUGGCAAUGGCGGGACCUGUAUUCCAACCAAAAUUUCUUUUCCAUUCCUAAAGCUCAUACUCACUUUCUUACUUCUCAAAAGUCCCGGGUUCGAGCCACGGCAGCCAUUGCUUCCAGAUGUCUCAGCCUUUCAGUGAAUAACAAUAUCACCACAACGCAAGUGCUUACCUCAAACCCUGAGACGGAUAACAUAAUAAAUUCUUCCCUUGUGAAAGACAGUAAUUCCCAAGUCUCCAAGAUAUUAUUGGGAAGGUCAGAGGCCGAGCUUCGACAAAUUGCUAAAGAACUUGGCCAGCAAACUUACAGAGGAAAGCAGCUUCAUGAUUUGCUAUACAAAGUAAAGGCCCAAAACCUCGAGGAAUACAGUCAAUUACCUCUCAAGUUUCGAGAGGAUCUUAGAAAUGCAGGGUGGAAGGUUGGAAGAUCCCCGAUCCACCAUUCUGUGACAGCUACAGAUGGAACAAUAAAGGUCUUGUUAAGGCUGGAAGACAGCAGACUCAUUGAAACAGUUGGAAUACCUGUUAUUGAGGAAGGGGGCUCUACCCGUCUCACAGCAUGUGUCUCCUCACAAGUGGGCUGCCCUCUGCGUUGUACAUUUUGUGCAACUGGAAAGGGGGGAUAUUCUCGGAAUCUCAAGCCACAUGAGAUUAUUGAACAGGUUUUGGUCAUAGAGGAACUUUUCAAGCACAGAGUGUCAAAUGUCGUGUUUAUGGGAAUGGGUGAGCCGAUGUUGAAUUUGAAGGCUGUAUUGGAAGCACAUCGUGUACUGAAUAAGGAUGUGAAAAUAGGUCAACGGAUGAUUACAAUUUCUACUGUGGGUGUUCCAAACACAAUAAAGAAAUUAGCAACUUACAAGCUUCAAUCAACAUUGGCAAUCAGUUUGCAUGCGCCAAAUCAGAAACUCAGGGAGACAAUUGUUCCAAGUGCGAAGUCUUAUCCGCUAGAAUCAUUAAUGAAAGACUGUAGGGAUUACUUUGAAGAAACUGGUCGAAGGGUUUCUUUUGAAUAUACACUUUUGGCUGGUGUGAAUGACAGCCCGGAACAUGCAUCAGAGCUUGCAGAUAUGCUUCACCGUUGGGGUCGUGGUCAUCAUGUUAACUUGAUUCCCUUCAAUCCCAUUGCAGGCUCUGACUUUCAGCGUCCAUAUAAGAAAGUGUUGAUGGCAUUUGCUGAAACGCUAGAGAGGCAUAAGGUAACUACAAGCAUCCGUCAUACUCGUGGUUUGGAUGCAAAUGCUGCUUGUGGUCAGCUGCGCAAUGAGUACCAGAAAGUCCCUCUGGCCACUUGAGUUUAUGGAGUAGUUUCUGGUAUGAAGCAGUUCUAUUAUAAGCCUUUCAAGUGGUCAUUCUAAUUAUUAAUUUGAAAUUUCAUCCGAAGGUAGCUGAUGAAACAAGAAACGUAUGGAAUAGUCUAGAUGAGUAAGACUGAAUAGCCACUUCGCCACAACUUCAUCAAUGUGUACACAGCAUUAUUUUGAAUUGGAAAAGGAAAACAGAGCUAAAGGUACAUGCUUGAAGAGCAAUGUGGUUAGAGAUCAUAAUUCAGGAACCAGAUAAUUCCUGAGAAAAAUUUGAAAGAAGGCUACUCGCUUGUUUCAGGAAUCCAUCUCAAAGUUGAUUGAAAUCAGAGCAAACAUAGCCGGAUCUGUUUUAAACAAGAAACUAUAUAGUUAAUUAUUGUACAAAAUAAAAUUUGACCAUUUUAGAUAAUUUGUCUAAUUUAGUAAAAUCUUUUCCAUCUCCAACUUCUUAUAAAGCAACAAUAUAAUGUUGAAUUUGUUCACAAUAAUAAUACAUUUCAUGACUAUGAUGCAAUUGCAUCUAAUUACAGAUAAAAUGACCGAUGAUGACUAAUUUUUUUGAAGAAUAGAUAGAUUUUUAUUAUGAUUACAAGGACAGUGGUGGACUAUGAA